CUCGCAGAGCAUGUCGGGAUUUCGGGCGCGAUGGUCGGUGCUGCUAUUGAAGGCUCGUGUUCACCAAGCUAAUCCCGCAUUAGGUUUCUGUUUUCGUUAGGUGCUGCAGUAGGGGCACGGGGCUUUCAUUUUACUCAAGCCGACGAAAGAUGGCUUCCGGCCUUCUGCGCAGCCUGGGUGUGCUCUCGAGGAACUGCGCCGGCAGCGUGCAGGAGGGUGCUGUUCGCGCCUUCGCUACCGGCGCUGCCCCCUCGAAGAAGGAUGUGCUCUACAACCUGAGCAACCCCGAUCCGGAUGCUGAGGCUUCCGUGAAGGCCUACCUGACCUCCCUGUACAAGGGGGCCAAGCUGGAGCCCACCACGGCCGAUGACUCGCUGGAGCUGACCAGCAAAAUCGAGAAGAAGUAUAAGGCGGCCGCGAUUGUGGAGUAUGGUCUGCAGACCAUCUCCGUGCCCCUGGGCUACUCCAAGUCGGACCUGGCGCCCGUGAAGCGCUAUGCCGCUGAGCUGCGCAGCCUGGCGAAGCAGGCCGGCUUUGAGGACCCCGCCACGGAGGUGUCGAAGCGCCUGGGCGCCACCGCCGCCACCGCGGACAGCGUGAAGGAGCUGUUGUCCAAGAACCAGUCGCUCAUGAGCGCUGACCUGUACGCCGCGCUGUCGGAGGCGGUGCAGCAGGUUGAGAACGCCACCAACGCCACCCUGACGCUGGACGGCGCGUCCCCCGCCUACAAGCAGUUCGCGGCCAAGGUGGAGGCCAUCGCAAAGGCGCAUGGCAUCCCCGCCAAGCUGCUGGUGGACGUGAAGAAGGGCGCCGCCGACGAGGCGACCUCGGACGCGCUGGCCAAGGAGUACGCGCGCUGGCAGCAGCACGCGGCCGUCAAGGACGCGAUUGCGGAGCUGGAGGCGCUGAAGGCGGAGGCCACCGCCGUGCUGGACAAGCACCUGGGCAAGACCGCGGAGCAGGUCCGCAGCGAGCAGGCCGCGGUGCUGGCUGCCGCCAUCAAGAAGGCGGAGGCCGCCAAGGGCGCGCCGUGGGCGGCGGCGUUCCUGGAGGACGUGAAGAAGGUGCAGUGGUUCGACGCCUGCGUGGCGGAGAACCCCGCUGUUGGCCCCAAGGUGACCGCGUAAAGGCGCCGGCGCUUUGCAGGGUGUCGCGGCGGGUUCACGCGAGGCUGCAGCUGAAGCUGAGGCGGGGGCUGUUGGAGGUACAGCAACGGCGUUGUGGAGUAGCGGCAGCGGCGUGGCGAUGUACGGCGACAGCAGAAGCGCUCUGGGCGGGGGCACGAAGAAGGGACCUCCAGUCGCGGGACGCGUCCGUGGGCGCGCUGCUGGGCACGCGGUGGCGUGAGGGCGGAGUAAUGAGCGCGCGUCGCAGGGUCAGCAUGUGGAUGGGCGCUGGGUAGUGGGGGAAGCCUGGGGCGUGUCGGCUUCCGUUGCCGCGUUGGUAGUGACAGCGCGGCUGAAACGUGGUUUCGACGGCUUAUGGUGGCCAGAGUAGAUAUGCUCCGCAGAAGCGGGGCCAGUGGCAGGAACAGUCACGGCUCGCUUAUGUCGGGCUCUCAGCUUAACUCCAGAUGUUAGGAUAGAGGUGCGGGUGCGUGUCAGGUUGUAGUGCGUAUGAGUGCGUGGCGUGAGUUCAGGCGGGUUGCAGUGUGUUUGUGCAGGAUACCGUGGGUAGCCCGACGGUGCGAGUAAUCGGACAAAGCGUGCAUUGCCAUGUUGCAAUGUAAUGAUGCCACGCCACGA